UAUCGUCACUUCCGGUUACGUUCGCUGUCCUCCUGCCGCCGAAAAGAAAACCGCGUUAAUGUUUGUAAUGAUGGUGUCGAAAAAGGAGACAGUCCUAAUCCGCAGCUUUGUGAGUGAACAGCUCUGUAAUGAGCCAGACCUGAGUACUCUUACCAUGGGAAUCUUAAAAAAGCGAUAUCUGGCUCAUGUGAAAUGUGAAUCUUUAAGUCAAGAAGCAAAGAAGUUCAUGAAACUGGUGGUUGAAGAGGAGCUCAUGAAAAUUCAGGAAAAUGACAAAAAUGGAACUGAGGUGGACACCGAGAAGCUUCAGAACAAAAGGAAGAGAGGAGAGGAAAAUGAGGAGGUGGAAAGUGAAGGAGAAAAUGAAUCCAGGGCAAAGAAAUCACGAUCCAAUCAUUCAAGCUCAUCAGAAUCAGAGGAUGCAGAUGACUGUAAAACUGGGAGUGAAGAUGAAGAACAGAUUAAAUCUCCAUCUAAAGUCACAAAGCAAGAGGUGAAAAAAUCACCGCUUAAGAGACCUGCAAAUAGAAAACAUCAGAUGACCAGUGAUGACUCCUCUGAUGAUGAAACUGAAAAAUCAGCAAAAAGAGAAAGUGAGAGUGAAUGUGGUGACAGCCCAAAGAAAACGGUGAAAAAGAAAGCAUCCACUCCAAAGAAAGGAAAGACAAGAAGCUGCGAUACAAGUGGAGGAAAACAAACACAAGAGAGUAAUAAGGACAGUGAAAGCGAUGCAGAUGACUGUAAAACUGGGAGUGAGGAUGAAGAACAGAUUAAAUUUCCAUCUAAAGUCACAAAGCAAGAGGUGAAAAAAUCACCGCUUAAGAGACCUGCAAGUCGUCAGAUGACCAGUGAUGACUCAUCAGAUGAUGAAACUGAAAAAUCAGAAAAAAGAGAAAGUGAGAGUGAAUAUGGUGACAGCCCAAAGAAAAUGGUAAAAAAGAAAGCAUCCACUCCAAAGAAAGGAAAGACAAGAAGCAGUGAUACCAGUGGGGGAAAACAAACACAAGAGAGUGAUAAGGACAGUAAAAGCGAUGCAGAUGACUGUAAAACUGGGAGUGAGGAUGAAGAACAGAUUAAAUUUCCAUCUAAAGUCACAAAGCAAGAGGUGAAAAAAUCACAGCUUAAGAGACCUGCAAAUAGAAAAUAUCAGAUGACCAGUGAUGAUUCAUCAGAUGAUGAAACUGAAAAAUCAGAAAAAAGAGAAAGUGAGAGUGAAUGUGGUGACAGCCCAAAGAAAACGGUUAAAAAGAAAGCAUCCACUGCAAAGAAAGGAAAGACAAGAAGCAGUGAUACCAGUGGGGGAAAACAAACACAAGAGAGUGAUGAGGACAGUGAAAGCGAUGCAGGUAGCAAGUCCUCGAGGAAUGUCAAAAUCAACGAUAGUGAGCCUUCUGACAGUGAAAAAGCAGGUAAAGUCCUGUCAGAAAAGAAUAAUAAUGACUCUGAUUCGUCAUCACUUCCUUCUUUGGAGGAAGAGGGAGAAAGUCCGACAAAAAAUGUGUCUAAAUACAAAAAGAAACAGAAAACUGGCAGAACAGAUAAGAGCACCAGAAGCCAGAAGGAUGAUGACAAAGCUAUCGUAAGGCUCAAGCGCUACAUUGCUCUCUGUGGUGCGAGGAGGAAUUACAAGAAGCUGUUAGAUGGUUGCAGAUCUGUUCGUUCCAAAGUGGCCGUUCUAAAGAAGGAGCUUGAAGAUCUUGGUGUCCAUGGUAAUCCAUCUAUUGAUAAAUGUAAAAAAGUCCGCAUGAAGAGAGAGAGAGCUCAGGAAGUGGCUGAGCUUGAUGUCAGAAACAUCAUCACCACACAAGGUCGACCUAAACGCAGAGGAACCUCUGCAAGUCAGGAACAACAUGACCCUCCAUCAUCUGCUUUUCAGCGCGCUCUGAACUCUGGCUCUGAUAGUGAUCUGGAAAACAAUUCACGCAGAGGACGGAGAAAAAUAUCAGAAUGGGCCAACCUGCAUGGGAUUAUCAGUGAUGAUGCAGAUAGUGACUAGAAAGGAGUUUCUACUUUUUCCUCAGUGGGGACUUUGAUAUUGAUGCUAAUUUCUCUGCUCUUUUUCUACAUUGCUUCAAAGCAUGCUAUGUCGCUUUU